UCAAGGCGACAAGACCCUCAGCUCCUCCCGUCGUUGGCGUCUCCGCUGCAUCUUUGGUCAAGUUUCUCCGUCUCUCGCCAGAUCGCUAUCGCCCGCUGUUGUGACUCGUUCGUCCGACGCCGGCCCCUAUCGUUCGACCACCGAUCGCCCCUCCGCUCCGGGUAUUUGACUGCCACCGAGGUCAAUCGAGGCCCAUAUAUCUCCAAUUCACUGCGGCCGUGUUAUCGGGGAAAGCCUUCAAUUCAGGGUGGUUCCGUGUCAGGACCCCAUGUUGAAGAGAAGGAGAGAACGCAUUCCAUCCCCGACUCCUCUCUUCUCGCCUGCCACCACCCCGAGCCCAACGUCGCACUCCUCCGCCGGCUCCGACUCCCCUCCCCAAAUCAUCGAGUCUCGGUCUCGUCUGCCACGUUAAAUGGCAGAUGGUACCUACAGGUUCCAGCAGCCUGGGGCCGGGCAGUUCUUCUUCCAAGCGCAACAACCUCACCAACGGCACCUAGUUCGGAACGGAACCAACUCCCCAACUGGGAGACUAAAAUUCAACCAAGACGCACCCUCUCCUUCUCGAUCUCCCCCUAUUGGACAGGCCGCUGCGCUCAACCCCUUCACCAUGUACACGCAGACUCACCAAGGGCAGCAUGUCAUGAUGAAUGGCAGCCAGGCCCACCAGCGGUUUGGCAUGCAGAUUCCCAAAUUCCAGUCGCAGAGUCACCACCCACAUCCCGCUCAGCAAGCCCAUCAUCACACACACCACAACCAAGCUUCCCAUAACAUCAACCAUCAGCACAACUUCUCCAGCGGGGCUUUGGCUGCCGCUACGCCACAUUUUACCCCGGGCCAUCUCCAGAACGGGGCCCACGCUAAUCUUGACGACGAUAUCGAUGAGCCCAUGAACGAACAUUGGCAGCAGCAGCUUCAGAUGGCCGUAGAGUCCCGACAGGCGAAUUCCCCUCACUACUAUGCUCGAGCGGUCGCUCAGCAAGCGAAGGGCAUUCAGAUCGCGCCCAGUCAACCCGAACCCCAGGAGAAUGGGACCGACGGACGGAAUGGGGUGACCAAGACCAAACCGGCGCCGAGGCAGGGCUGGCAUGCCCUCGAUUUCGGCGGGCAAGGAUUGCGCGCGCUCUCUACGUCUUUGUUCAGUUACACUUUUAUGGAGAAGCUGUAUCUGGGUCACAACAAAUUGAAAGUGCUCCCCCCGGCAAUCGGACAGCUACGCAAAUUAGAGUACUUGGAUUUGUCACACAACGAUCUUACCGAGUUACCCGAGGAGAUUGGAAUGUUGACGAGCCUGAAGAAGCUUCUUUUGUUCGACAACCACAUUCGCACGCUCCCUUACGAGAUGGGAUAUCUGUACAGGUUGGAUACAUUGGGCAUCGAAGGUAACCCGUUGAACGACGUGUUAAAGUCUCAAAUUGUGAAAGAGGGCACGAAGGCUUUGAUUAAGUACCUGAGAGAGGAAAUGCCAGUUCACCUCCCGCCUCCGGAUAGAGACUGGGUGAUCCUCGACGAGACCGCCAACUCCCCCAACAAUCCCACAGAGAAGAUCACUGUUCUUUCUCUCAACGCCCUAUGCGAUUCCUCCGCAACGCAGUCCCAUUUUGGCUAUACUCCGUCUCGUGUUCUGUCGUGGGAGUUCAGAAGAGAGCUCAUCUUGAGCGAGCUAAGAUCGCACGACUCCGACAUCGUCUGCUUGCAAGAAGUCGAUCAAGGCAGUUACAAUGGCUUUUUCAGGGAACAGUUGGCAUAUAAUGAUUAUAAGGGUGUGUAUUGGCCUCGAGGCCGAGCAAUGGGUAUGCAGGAAGAGGAAGCCAAGUCGGUCGAUGGCUGUGCCACGUUCUUCAAGGGAAGCAAAUUUAUCCUUUUGGAUAAACAGAUGAUCAAUUUCGGACAAACCGCCGUUCGGCGACCUGACGCUAAGGGCCAGGAUGAUAUCUACAAUCGACUCUGGCAAAAGGAUCACAUUGCGGUUGUGUUGUUCCUGGAAAACCGACUGACGGGCUCGCGCUUCAUCAUCGUCAAUGCCCAUCUUUACUGGGAUCCGGCCUUCAAGGAUGUCAAACUGAUCCAGACGGCCAUCUUGAUGGAAGAACUCACGAAAUUGUCCGACACCUACUCGAAAUGGCCCGCAUGCACCGACAAAGCUGCCUUCCGAUUCUCCGAGGCAGAAGGGGAGGAGGCUGCCACUCCACCGGAACCUGCUCCGUCGGCGGAAUACUCCAGCGGCGAACAGAUCCCGCUAUUCAUGUGUGGUGACUUCAACUCUUCCCCUGGCUCUGCUGCGUACAACCUGGUCUCGCAUGGAGGACUCCCGGAAGAACACCCGGAUCUCGAGAAACGCCUUUAUGGAAACCUUAGCAAGAUGGGUAUGACCCAUCCUUUCAAGCUGAAGUCCGCCUACAACUCAAUUGGUGAGUUGAGCUUUACGAAUUACACGCCCGACUUUAAAGCCAUUCUGGAUUACAUUUGGUAUACGUCGAACACGCUUCAUGUGUCGGCGCUACUUGGAGAAGUGGACAAGGAGUAUCUACGCAGAGUGCCCGGGUUCCCCAACUAUCACUUCCCAAGUGACCAUAUCGCAUUGUUUGCGGAGUUUACGGUUAAAGGGAAAAAGGGAAAGGUUGUGGAGGCGGAUUUUGGACCGCAACGGAAUUGAGGAACUGGAGCAUGUCGGAAUCUUAUGAGACUGGUGUUUGUGUAGCCGGUUUAUCUUGUUAUCUCGGAAUCUUUGGGGGCUUUUCGCGUGUCUGUGGUGUUUUUGCCAAAUGCUUUUUCUUGCUGCCUUUUUUUGUUCCUUUUUCUCUAUUCAUCAUUCAUCCUUCAUCCUUUGUCAUUUCUCUUUCUCUUUCUACUGCGCCUUCUUUUUAUUUCCUACUCUUGAUUUUCUGAGUCUCUUGUUACUGCUGCUGUCGCCAGAGGGUCCGUGUGGAAUUCAACCUCAAUAUUUUCCUUCUUUUCUUUGUCUUUUUCUCUUCUUUUCAUUUUUCAUUUUUGGAAAGUAGUGCAAAUGGCGUGGCAGUCUUCUUCCCGUUUGGCAUGUCUUAGGCUAUGACUACGCUCUUCUACCUGACCUCGCAUUUCUUCAGUUACAUGUGUCAAUCUUCCUAUCUUUACGACUGUUCUGUGUUUCUUUGUUAUUAUGUCAUGCUUGAUGUGUUCGGCUUUUGCAGGGUCGGUUGACUGGGGGGGGAAAGAGUACAGUUGGGAUGAGAGAGAAGAGUUGAUCUAUCUUACGUCUUUUGUUCCUCUCUUCGGCGAAUGGGGUUCUUCGUCUCGUUGUUUGUCUGUUGGCUUGGUUUAUCUAGUCUCGACAGUUCUUUUCGCAGUUCUAGUGAAAGUAGAGUGAUGUUUCUUUUCUUCUCUUCUGUUUCUCGUCCUUUGGGAGUUUAGAUGCCCUCAUGUGUUGAGUAGUAGUAUGUAGUACGAUCGAUUGAGCUCUAUCAUGUGGUCGCCGCUAGGUAUUAUGGUAUGAUAUGAUAUACAAAAGGGGUAUGUAUGUAUACAAAGUGGGGUAUCAGAGAGAUACUUAUAUCCAAGCAUCAGCGCUUCUGUGUAUCCUCAAAGCGUCUCCAGAUGCCAACAAAGCCUCCACCCACGAUCCGAGCCCCGACUUUCGGCCGGCAGACCAGCACGCCGUCAUCACGGGGUGUCUCUUCACGGGGAGGAGUUUGCACGGCGACAGCGUCGGCGUCGUCUGCAGUCCACGACGACGGAUCAGCACGGGACUUCUUGACCGCGAAACGCACAUCCCAUUGCCUGCCGCCGCUGAUACCAGCACCCAACUCGACGACCCGGUCCAAGCUGAACGGCAGGUUCUGUUUGCGGAUGAGGUCCACGCACUCGCCGAUCUGCGUGAUGCUGGGCAUGAAGACGGCCAGGAUGCCGUUGGGUUUCAGGAUGGGAGCCACGUGGGGGAUGCGCUGAUGCGCCGACGGCAUGUCGAGGAUGGCGUGGGUGAGGAACGGCUCGACGGUCGGUUUGGUCAGGAGAGUCUUCGGGGUCCGUUGUCGGAUCUGCUCGGCGAUCCAGUUCUCCGCGUGUCCGACGUAGAAAUCGACGUUUCCUGCGUACAGUCCGCGUCGGAAGCCGCGGACGGUCUUCUCCGCGCGGGCCGAGAAGCUGGGCGAUACAUCUACCGUGUGGAUCACUGCGCGGCGCUGCGACCGCCAGGCGUCCCAUUGUUCUUGGAGAGGGUCGGAUGAGGGCGGCGUCGUCUCCUUUUCGGCGGUGUUAGACGUGUCGCUCUUUUGAGAUUGUUCGUCCUUCUUGUCCGUCUGGUCUUUCCGUUCGUCGGGCCGUUGGGGACGACCUUGUAGGUAUUUGAUCUGCGAGCUGGGUGGAAUUGCCGGUGGGCAUGGGUUGGCGGCCUGGAUGGCACGGGAGAGGUGUAAUGUCAGAGAGCCAUGGCCGGUGCCUGACUCCAGGAUCUCCAAGGGCGGUAGAUCAUCUCCCUCGGCGGGAGGAGCGACGUGGAUAUCGAGUAGGGAAACGAUGAGUUCGGCGUCCGGUCCGUAGAUCUACUCGGUAUGAUGAGCUAUGUUGGGCGGCGCAAAUCUCGCGGCGGUAAGGAUCGCGCUCAUACCGGCGUUACUAGACGAGGCGUCAAGGAGACAUAUUCUUCGAAGGUAGGAUGGGUGACUCGGUAAUCGGUCCCUGGUACGGCGUGAUAUCGAAUUGUCAGCCUUUUCUAUCCCGUUUCAAUUCAACAGUCGCCCAUCGUUCAGGUGCUAACCUUUAUGCGCUUGAACGCGACUGCGCGCUUUCUGCCCGAUGAUGCUUUCGUGUGGUAGGUAUCCGCGAGAGAGGUCGGUUUUAUGGUUCUUUUGUAGAGGCUUCGUUAAGAUCGGGGUUUUGCCAUGAAGGAUGACACGGUCGCCCUCUGGUAUCACGGAUCGGAUUAGCAUGAAACUCAGUGAAGCUAAAGAGCAAACGAAGAGAAUAUUACCUCGGAACCGAAAGAAAUCUGUGUCUAUCGACCGGGCAAACGUCUGAGAUGGUCGGGGAGGAGUCAAUCCCAAGACCCGACGCAGGGAUUGAAGUACACGAGCCAUUCAAUUGAACUGCGCCUGGCUAGGCGAGAAUGGCACGAUUGACGAAUAUGGACAAGUCAAGGAUGAGAAUUGAAGGUCCCCCAAAAAGAUCGAAUUAAUGAUGAAUAGUUCCUGACGGAGCUAGUUGGUCCAGAAGAGCCAAGAGGCGCGAAAAAAAAAAAAGAAAAAAGAACCGGCCUUAAAAGACGUGGGCCCAUCACAAUCUCAAUUUCCGUCAGAAAUAUGGGGAAUUCCAAC